CUCCUCGAGAGCCGCAAUUCUACACGAACCGGAAGUCGAUAUUCCAUAUUCUCAACCUCACCACCAGGGCCCACCAUGGGCGCCACGAUGUCAGUCGUCAAGACCUUGAUCGUGCCGGCCGUCAUCUCCCUUAUCCUAUUCGUCGUCUCGACCUACGUUCUCAUACCCCUCUGGCGCAGAUGGCGCAGUCGCUACAGCCAGUAUCUGCCCAUCGACACCAUAUCGACCUCGACUGUAUCAUUACGGCAUCGCAUGCAAAACGGCAUCGCACGACUGAUGGUGCCUAGUACCUGGAGGCGCAAUGCCCAUGAACGUAUUGUCAUCGCAGCCGACGCAUCCGACGAUGGAUUCACAUCAGAAGACGGCGAAGAGCUUGGGGAGGUAGGCGAAGAUACCCGGAGAGCCCUCGCCGAAGACGCCCGGCGAGGCAGACACGACAGCACGAGACGCUUGAGUCGAGACCUGGAAGAGGGCUUUAGAGAUGACAGUGACGACGAAGAUGAUGGAACUGGUAAUAGGCGGUAGCAUGAAUCUUAAUACUCACCACCUCAGCCUCGUCCUCCAUGAAUAGGAUGACCCCCCACCCUGGCCUCUUGUCAGCCACCAGAUAUUCGACCGAAUUCCGUCGCGCACAA